AUGUCUCGUGUUGUUGCAGAGAACAUAUCGCCGGCUAGAGAUAGCUUACCGUUUUUUGACAGCAGAGAAGCGGUGGAGCUCUCUAGCGUCGACUCGUGUACUUCACCGACUCUCGGAGAACUGCUACAGUGCGUCGGUGAUGUACGGAAAGAAGUCACCGGAGAUGAAACUCCGUCUCAUCAAGCCUUUGACAUGAGUGAGACCAGCAUCGAGCCUCGGGCUUUGCCGUUCGUGCUUUCCUUCAACAACCUCACUUAUAGCGUCAAAGUCCGCCGGAAAAUGAAGCUUCCGACCAUUUUCGGAAGCCAGAACCGCCUCGGUGCUGCAGCAACUUCGGUGGAACAUGUUGCCGGUGAAAGCUUGGUCACGAGGACCAAGGUGUUAUUGAAUGAUAUCUCCGGCGAAGCACGAGAUGGAGAAAUACUUGCUGUGCUCGGGGCUUCGGGGUCCGGAAAAUCGACGCUGAUCGAUGCUUUAGCGAAUCGGAUGGCGAAAGGAAGUUUGCAAGGGUCAGUCACUCUCAACGGCGAACCUCUUGAAUCGCGAUUACUCAAAGUCAUCUCAGCCUAUGUAAUGCAAGACGAUCUUCUCUUUCCGAUGCUCACUGUGGAAGAGACCCUCAUGUUCGCCGCCGAGUUCAGACUCCCUCGAAGUCUCUCGAAAUCCAAGAAAAAACUGAGAGUACAAGCUCUGAUCGAUCAAUUAGGGCUACGAAAUGCGGCCAAGACGGUGAUUGGUGACGAAGGCCACAGAGGAGUCUCCGGCGGAGAACGGCGUCGAGUAUCCAUCGGAAUCGACAUAAUUCACGACCCAAUCAUACUUUUUCUCGAUGAACCAACCUCUGGACUCGAUUCAACCAGCGCUUUCAUGGUGGUUAAGGUGUUACAACGAAUUGCUCAGAGUGGAAGCAUCGUCAUAAUGUCCGUUCACCAGCCGAGUUAUCGGAUCAUCGGAUUGUUAGACCGAUUGAUCUUUUUGUCUCGUGGCCAGACUGUUUACAGUGGUUCUCCGGCGAAUCUGCCGUUGUAUUUCUCUGAUUUCGGUCAUCCGAUACCGGAGAAGGAGAAUAGAACUGAAUUCGCACUCGAUCUCAUUCGCGAAUUGGAAGGCUCUCGUGGUGGAACCAAAAGCUUAGUCGAAUUCAACAAGUCAUGGCAAAACAUGAAGCGAAGCAGAGCUCGAUACAUCGAUCAAACCCCAAGCCCAACUCAAGGAUUUUCAUUGAAAGAAGCGAUCAGCGCGAGCAUUUCACGGGGAAAAUUGGUCUCCGGAGCUACGAGCAAUGCGAAUCCGGCGUCAAUGGUGCCCACAUUCGCAAACCCAUUUUGGAUCGAAAUAGCAGUGUUGGCGAAGCGAUCGUUCGUGAAUUCCCGACGAAUGCCGGAGCUUUUCUGCAUUCGAUUGGGUGCAGUUCUGGUCACUGGUUUCAUCUUGGCAACGAUGUUUUGGCAGCUCGAUAAUUCGCCGAAAGGUGUUCAAGAAAGGCUAGGGUUCUUCGCUUUCGCCAUGUCCACCACCUUCUACACCUGCGCCGAUGCCUUGCCGGUGUUUCUUCAUGAACGAUACAUAUUCAUGAGAGAGACGGCUCACAAUGCUUACCGGCGAACUUCAUAUGUUCUCUCACACUCAUUGGUCGCAGUGCCUACUCUGAUCUUCCUCGCAUUGGCAUUCGCCGCCACAACUUUCUGGGCAGUUGGUCUGGACGGUGGAAUUUCAGGGUUCUUCUUCUUCUUUGGCAUAAUUUUGGCUUCAUUCUGGGCCGGAAGUUCCUUCGUCACCUUUCUCUCCGGCGUUGUGCCUCAUGUCAUGCUAGGUUACACUAUUGUCGUAGCCAUUUUAGCUUACUUCCUCCUCUUCAGUGGCUUCUUCAUCACCCGUGAUCGAAUCCCUCCUUACUGGAUCUGGUUCCACUACAUUUCUCUAGUAAAAUACCCAUAUGAAGCUGUAUUACAGAAUGAAUUUCAAGACCCAUCAAAGUGCUUCGUCAGGGGAGUUCAGAUCUUCGACAACACACCACUCGGGGCAGUUCCGAUGCCAUUGAAGGUGAAGCUUCUGAGCAGCAUGAGCAACACUCUGGGCUAUAACAUCACCAGCACAACAUGCGUGACCACAGGGACUGACAUUUUGCAGCAACAAGGGAUCACUGAUCUGAGUAAGUGGAACUGUUUGUUGAUCACCAUUGCAUGGGGUUUUUUCUUCAGAAUUGUGUUUUACUUCUCAUUGUUGCUUGGAAGCAAGAACAAGAGAAGUUAAAUUGUGAAAAGUUUUUAACUUUCAGAAGAAAAAUUGUGAAAAAGUUGAUGGUGGGGAAGAAGAUGAUAUGUUUGGCGGGAAGUUUAUUAUAUAUGUUUUUAUUUGAAUUUGUUGGAUUAAUUUUUUUUUUUGUUUUUUAUAUAAAUUGCUUUUGUUUGAAUUGGG